GCCUUCUGUUAUUGAUAACAGUACUCUGUUUCGACUUUGGAAUGCUCUGCACCUUGCACUUCCCUUCCUCCUCUGUUUCCAUCUCCUUUCCCCUGUUCUCACCGCCGUCUUCUUCUCAAUUUCUCAAUUUAUCCUAUUUUUGAAGCAGAAAUGGAUUUUUCCCUUUUCACUUUACAUCUAGAGAGGACGAAAUUCUGAAUAUUUGAGAUGGGUUUCCUGCGUUUCUUGUUCUGUGUCUUUCUCUUUCUUACAUCCUUAACUCCACUCCCUGCUCAUGGAAACACAGAGCUAAGAGCUUUAAUGGAGCUGAAAUCCUCGUUGGACCCCACAAACAAGCUCCUCAAAUCAUGGACGAAUCACGGUGACCCUUGCACCGGUUCAUUCGAGGGUGUGGCCUGCAAUGAGCACCGUAAAGUGGCUAACAUUUCGUUGCAAGGAAAGGGUCUUUCCGGUUCAAUAUCACCGGUUAUUGCAGGACUCAAGUGUCUCUCUGGUCUCUACUUGCAUUACAAUUCUUUGUCAGGAGAAAUUCCCAAAGAGAUUGCAAAUCUCACUGAAUUGUCAGAUCUUUAUCUCGACGUGAAUAAUUUCUCCGGUGUAAUCCCUCCAGAGAUCGGAAACAUGGCCGGAUUGCAAGUUUUGCAGUUAUGUUGUAAUAGACUGACAGGGAAUAUACCUAUCCAGAUGGGGUCCCUGAAGAAAUUAACUGUUCUUGCUUUGCAACACAACACAUUAACAGGCGAAAUCCCCGGAGGUUUGGGGGACUUGGGGAUGUUAAGAAGGCUUGACUUGAGCUUCAAUCGCUUGUCUGGUAUAAUUCCUCCAAAAUUAGCUAAAAUUCCACAAUUGGAAAUUCUAGAUGUCAGAAACAAUACUCUUUCAGGCAUUGUACCUUCUGGUUUACAGAGAUUAAAUGGAGGGUUUCAAUGGGAGAACAACCCGGCUUUAUGCGGAACAAGGUUUCCAGGAUUGAGAGCUUGCACUGUCUUCGACAAUCAGAACAUCAACCAGGUUGAACCUUUUGGAGCAGAAAUGAUAAAUAGCACCACCACCCCAGGAGUUGCCCCUCAACCACCAAACUUCUCAGUAAAUUGCAACGGCAGCAAGUGCGCAACUCCAUCAAAAUUCCGAUUAGUCCUUGUUGUUCUUGGGGUGGUUCCUCUCGGAAUUGUACUGAUUGGUGCUGUGUUUGUUACAUUCUUUACCUACCGCCGAAAGAGACAAAAGAUUAGAAGCAACAUAUCUGAUUCCUUUGAAGGGAGCUUAAGCACUGAGCAGGCUAAGGAAUUUCACUGGAAUGGUAGUGUUUCUCCUCUUGUAACUCUUGAAUAUUCCCAUGGUUGGGAUCCCUUGGGUGACGGUUUGAAUGGGAUUGGAUUUUCUCAAGAAAACCUGAAUAAAUUUAGGUUCAACAUAGAAGAAGUUGAGUCAGCCACAAAUUGCUUUUCGGAGGCGAAUUUGCAAGGGAGAAGCAAGUUUUCAUCUGUCCACAAAGGGAUUCUCAGGGAUGGUUCCCUUGUAGCUGUUAGAAGUAUAAAUGUGAUCAGCUGCAAAUCUGAGGAAGCAGAGUUUGUGAAGGGGUUGAACUUGUUAACCUCAUUAAGGCAUGAAAAUAUUGUUAGGUUGCGAGGGUUUUGUUGCUCAAGGGACAGAGGAGAAUGUUUUCUCAUAUAUGACUUUGCUCCCAAUGGAAACCUUUCAAACUAUCUUGAUGUUGAAGACGAACGCACACAAGUUCUAGACUGGUCCACAAGGAUUGACAUUAUCAAUGGCAUAGCAAAAGGUAUUGAGUAUCUGCACAGCAGCCAAGCAAACAAGCCUUCAAUAGUCCACCAGAACAUUUCAGUGGAGAAAGUUCUGAUAGACCAGAAAUUCAACCCAUUGAUUGCAGAUUCCGGCCUUCAUAAGCUUCUUGCAGAUGAUAUUAUGUUUUCAGCUCUGAAAAUCACUGCUGCCAUGGGUUACCUGGCUCCAGAAUACAUCACUACUGGGCGUUUUACAGAAAAGACUGAUAUAUUUGCAUUUGGAGUUAUCAUUCUCCAAAUCCUCUCUGGAAAAAGCCAACUCACAAGCACAAUUCGUUCAGCUGCUGAGUCUUGCAGAUGUGAAGAUUAUAUUGAUACAAAUCUGAUAGGGAAAUUUUCAGGGUCCACUGCAGCUAAGCUAGGGAAGCUUGCCCUGGCCUGCACCGAUGAGUCCCCAAGCCAAAGACCAACCAUUCAAGCAAUAAUUCAGGAGCUAAAUCAUUGCAGCACCAGCUCAGGACAAAGAAGAUAAGAAAGACAUGACCUUAAUUUGUAUCAAAGUAUAUGCUAAAACAAGCGUUGACGAAACCAAGGAGAUUGAAAUUGUCAAUUGUCCAAGGCUACCAGCACACUGAAGAGUUGUAGAUGAGAAAUUUUAGUGAAACAAUUCCUCCCAGGAUUAGUUCCAAUAAUAUAUCUCCAAAACUGUCAAAAGCUGGCAUAAAGCUGGCAUCCCUUGUGGCUGUGGAGACAUGUAAGAAACGACACCAUAAUAAUCUUACAAUUCAUUAGGUAUAUUUGAAUACAGUAUCCAAGAUUGC